AUGUUUUUUGUUGUGUGGCUCUAUUUCCCCGAGACGAAGGGGAAGUCAUUGGAAGAUAUUGCCGAAGUGUUUGGGGACAAUGUAACCUUGAAUGAUUCGGCAUCGGCAUCCAUUCAUAAGCAGUUCAAAGAGAAACAACACGUCGAGGAUGUCUCUGCAUAA